AUGAAACAGCCUGGGGAUGCGACAAACAACGAGGACGCCGACGAAGCCCUCGACUCGCUGCUUCUCAUGAACGAAGCCUGGGAUGAAAGUGACAUCGGCUCACAGAAAGACUGGCCAGACACUUUGCGCGCACUGGCGCCAUGCGUCUUCACCCUCUCACAUCCAGCUGCUAUCUUCUGGGGCGACAAGCUGUCCAUGAUAUACAAUCCAGCCUGGGAAACAUCAUCACACCAAGCUUUGAAACAAGGCAAACCGCCCACCGACGCCUUCCAGAAAGACACAUUAGAUACCCUUCGCCAAUAUCUUCAAGGCCGUAUACCACGAUCUGUAGUCGCCGCCGAACUACCGGGACACCACGCCGCAAGCACAGGGAAAUCAUCCGUCGUCUGCAGCCCCAUACACGAUGAUGCCAAGGUCGCUGGCGUCCUGGUACAAAUAUUCAGCGAAACUGGGCAUUCACAGAACAACAAGACAAAAGAUAAUUCUUCAAAUGAGGAGAAAAGUCAUAAAGAAUCAACAAGGGAGAAGGCAAAUGACUCUGACGAUAAUGACGAAACCGCCUUGGACCGACAGCCGUUCUUCCAAAAAUUUGCUGAGAUGCUGCCGACUGGUCUCGCCAUCCUCAAUCACAAAGCGGAUCCGCUAUUCGUCAACCAUCAAUUCCAUAAUUUGACUGCUCACCGUGGUCCAGACCAGUCUUUCAGAAUGUGGCCAGAGACGAUUCAUCCAGACGAUUAUGAACGAGUUAUGGAUGAGUAUCACAAGGCCUUCGACUCACAGACGGAUUUGGAAACAGAAUUCAGAGCGUUUGGAGAAGAUCAGUGGAGACUCUUCUUGAUGCGGCCACUUGGAAAGAACAAUCUCCAACAGUUCGAUCUCCGCCGAUUUGGCGGAUACAUCUGUGCCCUGAUUGAUGUAUCUGACAUGAAGAACGCCGAGAUUGCUCAAACCAGGGUUGCAAAAGAAGCUCGGGAAAGGAAGCAGCAGCAAGAACGUUUCAUUGACAUGAUUUCCCACGAGAUCAGGAACCCACUCUCAGCUGUUUUACAUUGUGCCGAGAACAUACUGGAUGCCGUGAAGGGCGGCGAAGCAAAGUCAUCUGACGUUGCUGUGGACGAGAUUGUCGAUGCUGUACACACAAUUCAACUUUGUGUAGAUCAUCAGAAAACUCUCGUAGAUGAUGUGCUCAGUUUCUCGAAGCUUGAUGCAUCCAUGCUUUCGCUCGCCCCCAGAGCUACGAAACCGAAAGUCCAAAUGGCAGACACACUCAAGAUCUUCCAACCCGAAUUGCGCAAGAAAAGCAUCGACUUUAGCUACAAUAUCAUGCCUGAAUAUGAUAGAUGCAACGUGAAUUGGGUCAUGGCAGAUCUUGUAAGAGUGAGUCAAGUGAUGGUCAAUCUCAUGACCAACGCCAUCAAGUUCACGACCAAGUCUGAGCGCACAAAGAAGAUCGCUAUUGAAGUUGCUGCUUCGAUAGAGAGACCGACAUCAUAUCCACCCAACGUAGUCUUCUUCAAGACCGACGACGUUGCUAUCAAAACUGAUGCAACUGGAAACCCUGAGUGGGGAGAUGGCGAACCUCUAUACGUUAUGGUCGCCGUCAAGGAUACCGGCAUUGGUAUAAGCGAAGAGAACCAAGCAAAACUGUUCGAACGAUUCCAGCAAGCUACACCCAAGACGGGGCAGAUGUAUGGUGGGUCCGGACUUGGCCUUAACAUCGCCCGCAAGAUGUGUCAGUUGCAUGGAGGUGAGAUUGGAGUCAGCUCGAUUGAGGGUGAAGGGUCAUGCUUUGGCUUCUUCUUCAGAGUAAGACGUAGUGGCGAACCUGAAGAUGCCGACAAGCUGGAGCCCAAGGAGCUGUCAGAUAAACUCAAGAAGUCUGGACAUGUGGAGACCACAGAAGUUGACGAGGACAAAGUCUCGAGCGACUUGAAAAAUAUCUCGACGGAGAACACUGGAACGCACAAUGAAGGACCACCAAAGGAUCGAUGGCAAAAUACAGCCGACAAGGCAGAUCCAUUGAGCGAACAGCACAAUGACGGCAAGUCUACGGGCGAUCAAGGAGGAAAAUCACAUUCCAGAGCUCAAGAUGAUGAGUCUCAACGUCAACAGAAGAGACCGGCCAACGCAGGACGAAGCUCACAGCGACCUGAUCCCACACAAGAGAAGCAGCAAUCUGGCCACUUUGAAAGCAACGACAAGCGCGCCACGGACGACACUGAACAAGAAAGAAUGGCCGCGAAGCAGUAUGAGGAUACUGGUAAAGGUGCCGAACAAGUCUCAAAUCCAGACAGCGACACCAAGCCCACUAUACUUUUCGUUGAGGAUAAUCUAAUUAAUCAGAAACUUCUGAAGAAGAAGAUCGAGUCCAGAGGCUUCCGGGUCACGACCGCAGAUAAUGGCAAGGAGGCCUUGGACAUGAUUACAGCCCGUUCUUCUGAACACAAACCUCCUUUCGACUGCGUACUCAUGGACCAAGAGAUGCCCGUCAUGGACGGCACCACUGCUUCUCGAGAGAUCAGGAAAUUCGAGGGCGACAACAACCUGCCGGCUGUCAACAUCAUCGGCGUGACGGCGAAUGUGAGACAAGAACAACAAAGCCAAAUGACAGACGCUGGGAUGAACGACGUGUUAGCCAAGCCGUUCAAGAUGGAAGAGUUGCUGGAAAAGGUCAGGCGAGGCAGCAAGUCGUGA